AUGUAUGGGUACAUUGUUUUUGGCCUGUUGAUCUUCUUUGUUAUCUUCGCAUACGUGGACCAUGAGGGUCAGUACACAUCUACCGCUUCCGCCAUUAAGCAGAUUUGGUCGGGGAGCUGUCGACUAUCAUGCCGAAACAAAAAGUCCGUUCCAUUGGGCGGCGGGGGAAAUGUACAACUCUCUGAUGACGAGAGCGCGAUGAGCAGCCGCGCAGACCCCGGCAACAGCUGCGUCUGCGCUUCCUGCCCUUGCGAGCUGGUGGAGAAUGUCCUCGACACCUGUAGUCCCGUAGCAAGAUUCUACGCGGCCAUUGUGGAAGCAAUUUUUCUGGCGUAUUAUGACUUCAUAUGUGCGUGCACAGAUCUCUACGAGAGGGGUCAGAUUUCCAUUCAGAAUAAGGAGACUGCGCAAAGAAUUUUACAGAACGGGGCAAAACAUCAGGCGACCGUGUUCACUUUCGACGAAUCUGCGAAAAUUGUGAUAAAGAGGGCCGAAGACAAGGGCCCCUUGGAUGCGGAGCAAGGCACCAGCAACGCCAACGAAGUCAAGGAAGACGUGACCAAAACGAAGGUCGCCAUCGAGAGGCCGGACGAAGUCGAGGACAAUAGCUGCCCAUCUUGCGUCGAAAAGGGCUUCACUUGUAUCGGCAGAUGUCCCGCGGAACGCUUUAAAAGAGUU